GGAGGAGAUGUUUGUCCCGUUCCCACUGCAGCUCCAGAGGAACCAAGCAGGCUAUGCAUGCAUCACUAAAGCCUUACCCAUCCCCAGCUCCAGAAGUGAAAUCCAGCAGAUAUCUGAUAAAUGGCUGCUCCACUCGGUGCUGAUGCUGGUCCAGUCCUGGAUCGAGCCUUUGGUGUACCUGCAGGCCACCCUGGACCGCUACGAUGGAGCUCCUGACAUGCUGCUAAAUAAAACUAAGUGGGUUUCUGAGAAACUGAUCAGUCUGGAGCAGGGCGUGGUGGUCCUGAUUAAGAAGAUGCUGAACGAGGGAAUGACCACCACAGCCUACAGUGAACAAGGCUUCCUCCAGGAUGACGUGCAGCCAGAGAUGCUGGAGUCUGUUCUGAGGGACUACACUUUACUGAGCUGCUUCAAGAAGGACGCUCAUAAGAUGGAGAUUUUACUCAAGCUUCUCAAGUGUCGACAAACCGACACAUACAAUUGUGCAUAAAACAUGACGCUUUUAAAUCAGUGUUUGGCCUUAAAAGAAUUCCUGAGGUUGGUAGCGCUAUAGAUAUGACCGUGCCUGAGGCCAUUCGGCCUGGCUGCCAUGCAGCACAAUCUUUAUUGAUUGUUUUGGAACACCUUCACACAGAAAGAAGUAGGUGUAAUGCUUUAGCAUACUGCAUUUUACAUUCCCCUGCUCACUUGUUUUUUUAACCUGGCAAAGGCAACAGAGGGCAAACUCCCAAAAGAUUAUUUGCGUGUCGAGCUGUCAGGAACAUCUGCAUAUCCUACCAUUGAUUUCCAUUUCCUUUGUUCUUAGCUGGAGUUUGUAUUCCUCCCUGGCUCUUGCAGUGUUUUGAUUAUUCCCACGGCCCCUAGAGGAUUCAGUGAGACUCCCUUUUUAAAUGGAGCUGGUUUCACUUCUGCAUUAGUGAAAUGAAACACUUUCACCGGAGAUGGGAGUCAAAUAGAGAGCACUCGGUACUUGAAAAAAACCCUGACACGUUUGAUUGGUGGAGAGCCAAAGAGGGAGAACAAAUACCAGCUAAAAUGCAAAAAUCUACAGUUUUGGCUCCACACAGGUUUGAAUUAAUGUAAAAAGAAAAAAAAAACCUGCAUAUUUUUGUGACCAAAAGUGCCUUGUUUGAUAAGAAUGUUAAAACAGAGGUGAAUUAUUCCAUUUUAACAGAUUUAAUUAUCAGCUGUUCUGAGUCUGUCAGACUCCUCUGUGUAAAUAAAAGAGCCCAUUGUUCUGUGGAAACCUGUCUAACCUGCUUCUGAUUUAAUAAAGCAACACAGA